AUGGCGGAUUCCAAUUGCAAUGACGGUGUCAAUGACGGUCCCUCGAAAGUGAAGACAAAAGCUUGCAGAUUCUUUCACACUAAGAGAGGUUGCAAGUUUGGAUAUGAAUGCCAAUUUUUACAUUCUGCAAAGACCUCAAGUCAAUCAGGAAAUGUUGUAAACGAGGGUGAUGAAUUUGUUACAGAAAAUGAAGUCAAGAAUUUUGAACCUGAUAUUAGCUUAAACGAUGACAGUGAACUAUGCAAUGAACGUUUGGGUGAAGCUAAAGAAAUAAAAAAACGUGAAGAUUCGUCUCAAGAUAGAAGAGAUAUUGCUUGUAAGUUCUUUCAGAGGAAAAGAGGUUGCAUGAGAGGUUCAACAUGUCCAUUCGUGCACGUGUUAGUUGAUGGGCAAUCUGCGCAAACGAAUAAAUCAGCUUCUGAUGAAAAUGUAAAGAGUACGAGGUCAAGGACGAAAAACACAAGUAAAAGAAAAAAACUUGCUAGUCCAUCAAGUGAUAAAGAACAGGAUGAAAGCAAGCUUACUAAGUCGUCCUGUCUACAACUAGCAAAAGGUGAUCAAAAACCAAUCGAGCAAGGUGACCUUCCUGUGCAAAAAGAGAAUGCAGAUAAUACAAUGGCUUCUCAGGGAUCUGGAGUCACAGUGUUGACUAGCAAUAAAUCCGAAAAGCAUGUAGAAACUAAACCUGAAGGUAUGCACGGUAUAAAGUGCAAUACAGCUGGUGUAAACACUGGUGCAGAUUGUAACGAGGCAGUUAAAGGCAGUGGCAACAAUGUUGUCAACCAUGUGAAGAGCAAAAGACAACCUGAGAUCAUUGAAAAGGGCAAAAGAAUGGAAAGCAAAGAAAAUAACAUGAGGGGGCCAUUCAAUGAAAGAAACAGGGCAGUUUUUGGAACCGAAAGUACAACAGGCAUCCCACCCCUUCAACAGGACACUUCAAUGAGAGGUUCAGUAAGUGAACAUGGAGGUUCUGCGCUCAAAAAUGGACAUGAAGUAAAACAUGAACAAUAUGAAAAAGGUUUACCACUAUCACAAAAGAACAGUACAACUACUAGUGCAGUAACAAGAAAAAGAAGUCCAUUGCAAAACGAAGAAUAUGAAAGAACCAGAGAAAGAAACCAAACUCAUAAUAAAGACAACUGUGCAUCAAAUUUUAGGGGUUCUUAUACUCUUGCAGAUGCAAUGCUAAGUGAACCUAAAAAGCUUAGAGCAACUGAGAUUCAGCAGCUGAAAAGACGUUUUGGAGGCAAGGGCGGCUUCAUUGAAAUGAAAGAAAACUCCUCUUACAGGAUCAAGUUUAAACCUACUGAUCCUGACUGGGUAAGUUCAAUAAUAAAUUAGUAUUGUGUACUCCUAAAGCUUUUAGGGUAGCAAAUCUGGAGAAUCCAGGCAUUAGUGGAGAGGGGUUAGGAUGAAUGUCCCCCAGAGGCAGACCACCAUAUGGGGAAUUCAGGGAUGUUAUGAAUAUGUUAAAGGUAAAAUUUGAUUUCAGGUUAAUUUUGAUUUACAUACUAUUUUUUUUGUCACCAGCAAUUUAAAAUUGAAGCAAUUUACCUGACUGUGUGCUUUCCAGAUGAUUAUCCAUUACAUGUGAGUAUUUUCAGUGUUUUACUGCAAAGUGUAAAAGUACCAGCAGGGAGGUUGGUUCCAUAGCAUCUCUGCAAAAUUAUCUGGUUACUGCACUGUUUGCAGUCUGGUUACUGUAAUGUUUAGGUUUCUUGAAAACUGCCCACCUACCCCUCCCCUGAGCCAACAUUUUGCACUAAGUGAGAAGUAAGGGUUAAUUUUGAGUUAGGGUAGGGGUAAGUGAGCAGUUUUCCAGAAACUUAAUUAUAUUAUUGAUCUGUAGUUUCUGUGGUACAUUUUUAACCGCAAGGGUGUAUGUUAAUUUUUCUUACCAGAUGUUUGAUGUUGCUUUGUCCAAGGAACAAGACCUUUCUGAAGAUAUCAUCAAGUAAUCUGCAGUAUUUGUUUUUUCAUUUUUUUGCUUAUUGAAUUUGUAUACAGUUGUACCUCCAUGUGCGACCUCCUCUCAUAAGCGACCAACCUCCCAUAAGUGAUCACCCAUCCAAAGCACAAACAUUUUCCCCGUCAAAACCUUAUCAUUGGAAACUCUCAUAAAAGACAUCCUCUUGAAAAUGACUGGGACCACUUUUUAAGUGAAAUUUUGAUAACUUUCCAUUAGGUGAAACCUCUGAUCUCUGACUUUGAUGUUUUUGCUACACUACUCAGAGUAUAGCAUGAAUUUUUAGUAACAACAUGGAACUAUUUACAAAUUCAAUACAAUACUUUCUUCUCUACCUCCUGUCAGAGACCACUAAAUUUUGGCAUUUUGGGUGGUAAUGCUUACAGGAGGUUACACUGUAUGUAUUUACAUGAUGAGCUUCAAUUUCUCUUUUUCUACCAAUGACUUUCUGACUGUUUUACUUCUUUGAAGCUUUGUAAAUGAAAGAUUAACGCAGUGGACAUUAGAGCAAGAACACAUGGUGAAAAGUCAAGGUUUUCUGAAGCUAUUCUUCCGCCCAUUUCUUCACUGGCUUGACAAGAAUUUAGUUUCUUUCUUUGUUGAUGGUGGAAGUCAGGUAAAGACAAGCAAGCCAUGACAAGAUGUGCUUAUGCAAAGAAGUUGCUUAAAACAAUUUGCAUAACAUUUGCACAAUCUCCUGGCAUCAAUAUCUUGUGUGGGUUGAGUUUGUUGCUGGUUUUCUCCCAUUCCAGAGAAGUUAUUCUCUGGGUACUCCAGUUUUUCCCUCUCCUCUAAAUCCAACAAAUUCCAGUUUGAUCUGGAAUAUAUGUUUAACGAAGUUUUUAAGAACUCCUAAGUGCCUUGUGGGUAAACAAUGUACAGUUUACAACGAUUAGCAGUUUUACAGACAGCUGGUUAAAUUAGAGGUGGACAGUGUUUUGCACUGGAUACAGAAAUCUCUGACAGGUGGUAGUGUAAUAAUUCAUUUUUACUCACAGAUAGGAGCAAAGUAUGUUUCUAACAUCUGUGGAUUUAAUGACAAAGCCUUUGAAGUACAAUCUAACAGUCCAAUGUUAGAAGGUCAGAAUACAUCCACUGGUUCUGCACCACAUCAAGAAUAUACAAAUGACAUACCAGCACAGAUUAAAACAAUAUCAGAUAGUGAAGGACUUGAAAUCCCACAUAAUGAUACAGAACCUCCUCAAAAUAAUGAGGAUAUUGAUCAUGAGAAGGAGAUAAUGGAUGCAGAGACCACAAGUUCUCAAAACAUCCAAGGAAGCUUUGAAAAUGACCAAGCAGCUCAAUCAUCUCAAUCAGACAUUCAUGCGAGUGAUUCCGCCACCUCAAAUACUGCUGAGAGGGGAACUCAAAUUCAAUUCAAGGGCCUUAAUCUGGAAGAAAGCAUCAGCUCCAUUCGAGGAAACAAAGUAGUCAUAACAUUUGAGUGUAAAAGGUGCAGGCAGAGGAUUGAUCUCCAUCUUUCUCCUUCAGGGUAGGUAGCAUAUAAUUUUGUCUUAUUAGCAGAUUAGGAAUUUUUGUGACAAAUAUUAUUCUUGUGGUCAUUUACAAUCCUUUCUUGAGAAUACACAACAAAUUUUCUGUUAAGUAACCUAAUCUCCUUAUGUAUUCUUUACUGUGCUACUGUUCAGCUACUCUACUUGCCUUAAGAGGGUACUAUUGUGUACAACUCCAUGUACACAUCAAACUCGGUAAAUGGUCAAGGAUUUUGUACUAAUUACAUGUAGUAUCUUGCUAGCCUGAUUUUCAGACAGACUGAAUUAGCUGAUUGCAAUGAGAGUGGCAGGUGGUGACCUUGGACCACAAAAAAUCAAGGGCAUUUUAUAAAUUACAAGUUUUAUAUUACAGAUGUACUGUGAAACAAUGCACAAGGUGUGCCUCAGUGUUUGCAGCGACCUACAGACCAGCUAUCGUUCAUCAAUUUUCUUCUAUUUUAGGAUACCUUGAUCUUGACAGGUAAGUGAUUGUCAGUGAAACAGCUUGUUAUGGCUUGUGUAAGCUACAUGUAUUCUCUUCGCUGGUGUUCACUACAAUAAUUUAUUAUCUGACGGUGUACUGUGUGGUUGAUAUUAAUAUUUUACAGCUGUGUGCCAUUUGAUGUGGUUCUACCAGAAAGUGAAUUGAUGCUGGGUUGCUUUCAAUGCUCUAAAGAAACAUCAGUGAAGGUAUUCAUUAAAGAUCAGUCCUUGAAAAUUUGGACAUUCAAGACCACUUGGUCUUCUUGUCCAUGACUGUACUGCUGACGCUAGACAAGAUGAUAAUUUUCUUUUUUGAAAAAGUGUGUCAUUGAAACUGUGUAAUUUACUAUGUGCAGGGUCUUCAGUAUGGAGCUAACUGGAGCUGGUGUGGCCAUUGUCAUCACAAACUCAGAUUUCAGAUUGAGUCCACAAGAUUCCAUCAGUUACAGAGCAGUGCAUUAGAUACAUCAGGUUGGCUUACAAUUUUUGUAUUUUGCUCCAACAGAACAAUAAGAUCUCUUGUUUUGAAUGUGUCUCAUUACACGCAUAACUUCCUCUGUCAUUCUAUCCAUUAUAGGCCCAUUCAUGAAUUUAAACUGGUUUGCAAGUUAAUGUAUUUUCUAGAGCAUUCAGGUACAUUCAGAUUUAUUGUACCAGAACAUUGGUCACUUUUGUACCAGAGUGCGCCAAUUAGUGUUGUCUUCCAUACCAAAUUCUUUCUUCUUUUUUUUUACCAUACCAAAUUCUUUGUGCCUUUGAAAGGAACUAUUAUUUAAUGAAGGAGAUAUUGGGCUGCAGUUACUUUUAAGUUACCAAUCUAAUACUUUGUUCCAUAUAAAUAUUUGUAUAUGUUAAAAGUCAAAUUUGUUUUCAGGUUAAAAUGUUUUAACCAAGGGUGAUUCUCAACUUCCCUUAUAUCCUAGGGCUGGAAGACAAAGGGAAUUGAGGAUCAAUCUAAGUUAAAUCAAAACUAACCUAAAUUCAAAUUUGAUCUGUGGCAAAAAACACCAUUUACUGGCUGAAUAUAGAUUUGUCUUUCCCAUUUGAACUUUAUUGUCUAGUUUCUCUGAGAAGAAAUGCGGUUGCUAGCAGUUCUUCAAAAGCUAAGAAGCCAUCCCAAAGCUCAGGAUUAAAAGAAGGGCAGCCAUUACCAGCUAAUGGAACCUGUAAACACUACAAGAAGAGUUUCAGAUGGCUCAGGUACUACAAUGCUAUUGUUUUUACUGAAUGAGCAGGUUUUAGGUCUGUUAAAACCAAAAGAGAAUCUGAGGCCCCUUUUAUUAGGCCUAUCAUAAUGACUCAGUCAUUCUUAGCUUAUUAACAAUUAAAAACAAAUAAUAUUAGUCUGAGGUAUUAACGUUAUGUUGAUGUUUUAUCCAGGUUUCCUUGUUGUGGAAAGUGUUAUCCGUGUGAUUUAUGCCAUGAAGAAGAGGAAGACCAUGAAAUGAAGUACGCUACAAGAAUGGUCUGCGGCUUCUGCUCAAGAGAACAGGUUUGUCAGUUUACCCUGUAGAUUAACAACAACAGCUGCCCGCUGGCUCUUUUAACUAAUUUCAAAAUGGGACAUGGCAGAAAACCUUUUGGAGGAUAGCAAUUAGUAACUUCGGGUAAUAUUAUUGAUCGAUGAAGGAACGUGAUACGAUCUCACUGGCACUAGCCCUCUGCCGUCUACGCUCUCGUCAGCCCAAGUUCCUUGGCCAGGGGCACCCAACGUCAAUUUUCGGAAAAUAUCUGUUCGGAAGACGAUUUGAGAUCUAGAAUUUUCGGAACAUUUUUUGUAAAAUUUCUUGCUUGCCUACCUCUCCUAGGAUUUUCGAACAUCUAAAAAUUGGUGUAAUUGCCCAUUUUUAGCGGAUUUUUACCCUGAAAAGCUCACCUAGAAUUUUCGGGAGCCUUUUUUCUGGCUGAAAUUUUCGAAAAGGUAAGUUUUGAUCCCUAUGAUUUUUGGAUCUCGAGACUUUCAGCUAGGAAAUCCGAACAGAUGAAAAAUUUUUAGGGGAUAAAAAUAUACCUAUAUCUACCGUUUAAUUACUAAAAUACGUUUAACAAUGCUAUGUUUAAGUGGUUUUGAACUAUGUUCUUGUUGGGUGCCCCUACUUGGCCACAUUUUGCGCAUGGAGAAGGAUGAACCCGCUAACAUCUACGCGUUGUUUGAGCCCUCCCACGGGAGAAGACCCCAAAUAGACUGCAUAAGUCGUUUUCCAGCCAAGUCCAGGAAUGGAUCGACCCCAAAAAGCAAGUAUAACAUCUUGCGCACUGCCCAAGACCAUGCCAAUUGGAGAUGUCAACUGCUGUUCGGUCGACCGAUGAUGAUGAUGAGGAUAAUGAUAAUGAUGAUGACGCGUCCUAAAUAUCUGCAUUCAUUUGCUGUUUUAUAGCACAAGCAUAAACAGAGCAUGUCAUGAGUUGAAAAAAACUUCGUUCUGGUUUUGUUUUACAUCGCUGGGUUUUGUGAUGGGCUAAAAAUCUCACCUUGUUUCCUGGGGUCUCCACUCAGUAUGUACAUUUCCUCGAAACGUGAUUGUUUCAAAUGAUUGUCACCGCCAACAUCCUGCCUGAGUAAUUACAUCAGUUUUUGGUAAAUACGUUAACCCAAAAAUAAUAUGCGUUGUAGACUGUUCACAGUCCUCUAUUUUUCCGUAAGAUCAUCGAGUUCGAGCGCUUUGUGUUACGGGCUGCCAUCUUGCAUGAUCCCACCCCCUUGGUAAAUCUGAAAAUCAAGAUACCCGCGACGGUAAGACGCGGUAUAUCUAAACGAUCUCAUGGAAAAAUAGGGGACUGUGAACAGUCUAUAUGCGUUGAGACAACAAGUAGCUCUUUUGCAGCGAAAGAAGGUAACAUCUUACCAAUUCGGUAUACCAGUUUUUCAACGCAUUGUACAUUGUAAUUGUAUCGUUUGCCUGUGUCUCUCCAAUACUUCCAAUACUCACUGAUAUGUUUUCAAUUUUCCAGCCUUAUUCCCAACAGCCUUGCAGUGGUUGUAAAGCUGCAGUUACCAAGUCACGCUCAGCACAUUGGGAAGGGGGCAAAGGCUGCCGGGAUAAGAUCAGUAUGAGUAGGUUAGUGCACGUUCCUGUCUUUCGCACGUUUAUUUCAGAAGACUUUCUAAUGAAGCAGGACACCCCAGGGACCAGAUCGGCUCCAGUUGUCCGCCUCAGAUUUGGUAAAAGCUGGAACCAGAACAAACCAUUCACUGAUGUCCUACUUACAGAAGCACCUUCCUUGUGUGAAUCAGGCCCCAGUUGUUCAAAAAGUGGAUAGCGCUAUUCACUGGAUAAAUCUUUAUCCACUGGAUAACGCGAUUGGUUUCCCAAUUAGUUAUCCACUGCACAAUGAUUUUAGCGUUUGAUCAACCCGGGGCCUUGGCUUCAUGAUUGUCUUAAGAUACAUUUAUUUUAUAAUUAUUUUUUAACGUUUAGAAAUGAUAACCAAAAGUACAGCCAAGCGGGGAAAACAACAUCACGCAAGUCCCAGAAACGUUCUGAAGGAAAAGGAAAGGGACAGAAGGGGAAGUAAUUGCGUAACUUGUCAUUCGUCACCAUCAAAGAACAGAGUAACCAGGGACUGAUUAGCCUGCGAGGGCAUACGGUUUUUUCGGCUCAAGUUUCUAGUUUCACUCGGACGGUGAAACAAGAAACUUGAGCUGAAAAAACCGGAUCACAGGCCAGGGACUGAUAAAGUUGAGCCGGAAACAAAACGGAAACUCCAAGUUACAACUGCCCUUUGCUAUUUUUAUUGUAUGUACAGCUGUACUGGAUCAUGAUUUGCAAUAAAUAAGUUGGAUGUGAAGAAAAGUUGUUUUCAUUGAUGAACACUGCAAUGAGCGAGUGUCAAGGGUCGAGGGGGUGGGGUAGCUACCGGUUCGCCAGUACGCACCUCCCGAGGGGGGUCCACCACUUAGCGGCUCACCUAUGCCUAAAAAUUGGUCGAGUACCCCCCGGCGAGACGCACCUGUGCACUUGAGGAUAAAAGGAAAAAAUAAUGGUAAAAAAAGUUAAAAAGCAAAGGAAGCGAGGAGAAGGAAAAUAGGAGAUAACUGAAAAAAGGGAGGACGCUUUAAUUACAUUCUGAUAAGUUUUCCCCGGUUUUCAGUAGCGAAAGCCGUAAAAGUUCUGCCUGAUGACCCGAAGAGAGAUUAUCCUCCACCAUACUGACUAGGCUCGAUUUCCGCCGUCUCCCGGGUCCGGAUUUUGAUCCUCCCUCGGGGGAUGAAUGCGGGCUCAUUUUCCCGAAUAGCGGCUGGUAAUCGAGCCUACAUACUGACAAGAAAACAGUCAACUCCUAUUUCACCUGCUUGGAAACGAUUUGAGAGACGGAGUAGGGUUAAUGUGGAAAACUUUGCCCACCGCUGGAAAAAUCCCAGCUUCGCCUCAGGUCUCGUCCCCCUUGCGAUCAUGGCCCCCUUUUUUAUGUCUCUGUUCUCCAAAAAACAAACAAACAUCAAAACUUUCGCGCACUUCGCUGACCCUAGGCUCCUCUGGUAGCCCAAGGUCGAAAUAUAAGCAUCGGCGAACAUUGACAUUCGAAAUAAAAAAAACAACACAGGAGAGAGGUCAGGUAACACACAUUUUAUGUAAGGUCAGCUGUUUUUUAUUGAAAUCCUGUCAUUUUCGUAGGUUACGGAAACGAUAGGUUUUUUCCCAUACAAAUCCUUAUAUUUCGAAUGUUACGCAACAAUGUCGAUGUUCGCCGAUGCUCAUAUUUCGAGCUUGGGCUACCUGUGCAGGCUCUGACUAUCACAACAGCAGCGAAGUCCUAGGAACUAGUCAGCAAAAUAAUUUCAUCAUGGCGGAUAUUGAGGAGUCACUUGGUAUCGGCGAAUCUCUUUCGGUCAACAACGAUCAAAUAAACGAUAUUAUCGCUUCAUUACCUGAGGAAGAAAGGGUUUCAAAGAAAGAUGACUUGAAAGAGGAGAAGAAAAAACUCACUGAAGAAGAUCCCGAAGACCAAAUAUCGUCUCAACCUGAAAGUUUGCGAGUGUCCGACGUCCAUAUGGCAAGCAAACAAACAGGCGAAUUAGCGACAACGAACGGUAUUGAACUGAAUGGAGAUGCUACAGAGGAAAAGUUACCAACGGAAGAAAAUGUAUUAGUAUCAGAAAAAGACGAUGAUAUGUUUUCAAAAAACUUGGAAGUAGAAGUAACUGAGUCUAAUGUAACGGAGGAAUCGAACUCAGAACUGCCAGAUACCAAGUCUGAAAGUAAUAAUACUAGUUCAGCAGUUUCUUUUGAGAGUUCUCAUGCUGACGGUGGAAGUCACAGGUCUCCGGACAGAAAAAGUAAGGCUGAAUACAGAAAGAUCAAGAGUGAAGUGACCGGCGAGGGCGAAACGUCAGAAAGUGAGGAUGAUGAUGAAACGACAGAAAAAAACUCCUCAGCACAUGCCAUGGAUCAGGAGGCAGAAACGUGGAUGGAUUUAUUAGGAAAUGGACUACUGAAGAAACGGGUAAUCACAAUGCAUUCUAUUUAUGCAGAUUGCUCUCAAUGUAUGCACAGAUCAAGACCAGUUUCCACCAUUUAACAGAAAACAGUUCAAUGUAGCAUCUGUAUUUACGUGCACCCCUAUCACCCAGUCUGCAGAGUAUGGCAGGUGCACACGCGAGUUUUUUUAAAUAAUAUAUAAGAAGUAAGGGCCUAAAAAUGGCCUUGCAUGUGUAGAUCUCGUCGAGUUCUGCCAUACUCUUCUGACAGGUCUAUCACCAACGCCACCCCAAUGGAAGGCAGGAUUCUGACAGAUUGUCCUUGUCCAAACUCAGAAUCUGAUCUCCCUUCCCCACCCCCAGCCCCCUCCAAUAUAGGAAUGAGUUAGAGGCUCGAACAUCUCCUCCAUAGUGGGAGUGAUUCUAAAGGUCUUGUCGACAUGCACAUAAAAAAUAAUAAUAAUACUAAAAAUUCUAGUACCUCUUAGUGAUUGUAAGACCGACAUAUGAAUCCAAAUAAUUUUCACGAUUCUGACAGGGUCCAUUUUGCACCUCACUGAAAAUACCUUCCAUUGUCAGGGUGUAGAUAAAACCUGGCAUGUUACAGUUUUUGACAAAAAAGGAAAUGACUUGUUAAAAGUUAAAAUAUACAUGUUUUCUGUUUUGUCAGCUGUGAUCUUUGCUAGAAGUUUACACCUUUGGUGCAAGAAAAAGUCAUGUUUCUUUUUUUGGAUUCAUCCAUGGACUACCCCACCCCCCUUUAGUACAAAAUGCGGUACAGUCGUACUCUGAAUAUGAGGGAUUGUUUUAGAAUGAAUCUAAUCACCCAAGUUCGAUAUAUUAAAAUUGUAACUUGAAUCCAAAGUUUUAGGGACAUAAUUGCAAAUUUUUCAUGACUCCAUUGUUGCACAAUUCUUAAAAGAGACUUGAGCUCAAAGAAAACCAAAUGAAAUGUAAACAAAAUAACCAGAAAGCCUUGGAUUCAUCUUAGAAUUUUAAUACAUUGAACAUGGGCUAUUGACAGGAGAGGUUAAUCAGCGUUAACAUGACAUUAAAAGGUGUAAAUUUAAUUCAAGUACAGGUGGUAAUAUGUGACAUGUUGCCAGAGGGAAAUAUUGGAUGCAUCAGCUUCAUGGCCUUGAUUAUUGAAGUACAACUCAUGUAGAAGAAUUAUGUAGGAGAAGGUCACUUCAGCCAAAAGCCCCAAGUAGAAUGCAUUACCUAAGAGAAUGGAUAACCUGUAAUCAGUCCUUCUAAUGAAUAGUGUCUAUUAAACAAAGUUAUUUGUCAGGGCAGGCUUAAUUCGUUUACUCUGGUUUAAUCCAUUACAGCAAAUGGUUUACUUUAUUGUAUAAUCUCUCAGAUACUGAAAGAAGGAAAAGGGAGAGAUACCCGACCAGACAAAGGCCAAGUGGUUACUCUACAAGUAGCAGGAUGUACAGAAGAUGGUAAAGCUGUUGACUGGAACAGAAGUCUGGAAUUUAUCCUUGGUGAAGGAGAGGUCAUUCAAGGUUAGCCCUAUGACAACUUUUCAAUUUUUUUAUUCUUCUUACAAAUACAACAAGUGUGACAAUAUUUUAACGCAUGUUAUGUUAUUUUCAUACAUUCUUUCUUCCAUUGAAGAACCUUAAAAGGCUAUAACUAUUUGAAAAAGGCUUGAGACAAAGUCUAACUUAUGGUUAAACGGAGUAGAUGAGACUACCUCCCUUAUCAGAGUUUGUAUCACUGCAAGAUCAUGAUGUUCAUAGCUUGAACAAAUAACUCUGAAUAGAGAGAGAAAGGGGGCUGUGGUUUAUACACUUUAUAAUAAUUAUUAGAUCUGCAUUGAAAUGAGAAGUGUUUUGUUUCUUCUUUUUUUAACUGGUUGUAUAAAGCUUUUCAUGGUUGCUAAGAGAUACAACUUACAUUAUAUUUUCAGCCUUUGACCUAGCAGUAGCUUUGAUGGAGUUGGAGGAAGUGUGUGAACUUGUAACAGACUCCAGAUAUGCUUAUGGGAAAGCUGGAAAGUAUGUUGUUUUUGGUUGUUUGUUUUUUUUCUUGCUUUGUAACAGUGACAUGUAACUGUAUCUCUUCUUUAUCUGGAUGAAAUAUAUGCUGCGUAAUACCUAUAUAAAUGCAAUACUAGAUAUGACGGAAUUGUAAACUGAUACCAGAAAAUUGCACGUAUGGCUUGAUCUUCUAAAUGAAAAGAAAUACAGGAGCCUUAAACCAUCCAAAGAGAUUUAUGAAUAAAUCAGAGCUCAUUGUUUUCUAGACCAGAGGCAAAUCCACCUAUUCCAGCCGAUGCUAAACUGACCUAUGAGUUACACCUGUUAGCAGUACGAGAUGGUCCUAAUAUCACAAACAUGACUGACGAGGAGCGAAUCACCAUUGGGUACGUCAGUAGGCCAUGACGUCAGAACAGUUUUUAACGUUGUCUCCAUACAUUCUGGUGUAUAGGCCAAGGAAUAGACACUGCAGUCAGUGCUGUUUUAGAAAAUGCCCACUAAUUGAUGGAGGCAAACAUUGCUGUGGGAAGGCCUUCUGAUAGGCUGGAAAAGCUGUUAGGAUGGAAUUUCUGGGUUGUGGCAUAAUGCAGUGAAUUUGGCAAAUUCUCUGAAGUAGAGUGGUCAUGAUGGAAUACUUACUGCUGAAUAAUUCAAAAACUCUGCAUGAUGUUUCCAAAGCUAAAUAGGCUCAAAUUAGCAUAUAUGUUCGCUAUUUUGGCCAGAUUAGGCAACUUUUUAUUAAUAUUAUUAUAAUAUUAUUUGCUGAUUAUGGUGUGUAAUUGGAUGCAAAUUGUUAUCAGUGUCAUGCUAAUCACACCAUUGACUGCAGCUCUGAGAGGAAAGACAAAACUCUGAUUUGCUUUUAUCUAAUAUUAUCAGAAGAAGUUUUGCAAUAAUUGGAAGUCUAAGAGAUAUCAGGAAUAAGAGGUGGUUUUAUUAUUUGUAUUUGAAGAUUUUGGAGACAUUGUAGAUUUUAUGCUCUGUUGUCUCUGAUCCAUUAGUAACACAUUUUAAGGAAAAAGAGAACAAAACUUAAAAGUCACAGAAAAGUUUGCAUGUCAACAGUAUUAUUGCCUGCCUUAUUUCCAGGGAGAAAAAGAGAGAAAUUGGUAAUAAUCUGUACACUGGAGGAGACUAUGCUGGGGCCAUUAACAGUUAUCAGAGGUAAAUUUGCUCUCAACUUCCUCCUCAUCAUCAUCUUGAUCUUUGCAUCCAAUUUCAAAUUGCCCAAAUCUGCCCACCAGUUUCAUCACUGAUAGCAAAAUUACUCUUAGAUUGUCUUUGCCCAAUGAAUCAAAAUAUAAUUUCUUGCCUUGCAUUUUGUGUUUUCUUGGAAAUCAGAAAAUACAAACGCAACUAUUACACUCAGAAAAGAAAUUCUUUAACUUUGACCACUGUUAUACCAUUGAAUAAAUGGUAGCAACUAAGGCCGUUAGCCUGACCUUUAUUAUUGUAAUUUUACAGAAAGAGAAUCAUACAUGAAAUAGCUAAAUGUUCUGGACCUCCUUUGUUAUUUUAGGGCUAUAAAAUACCUCUCAACGUCCACUGCUCAGGUUGGUUUGUUUAUUUGUUUAUUUAUCAAUGAUAAUCAUUUCAUUUGUGCAUAUUCAUGUACCUUGCCAAUAUAGUACCAAGGAUUAAAAACAAACUUAACUCACAAGGGAAAAAAAUUAAUAAUGUUUAAACAUUAGGACACUGGAGCUUGGCCCCAGAUUACCAGUUUUCAAAGGUUCUUGGCUUGUGAAAAUGUUUGCUACUGUGUGAAAAAAAAGAAAGUGAGGAUAAUAAAAUUCUUAUUAUUUCAUUUUAUCUAAUAGCAAGUUCAAAUCUUGCGGGUAAAGUGCUGGAAUAACAUGGCAGCUGCCCAGUUGAAGGUAAGAAUAUAUUAUAAUUAUAAUAAACUUAAUUCAAAAGUUGAAAGAGCUGGUUAACAUAAUCAAUUUGUGCAAUUUUCAGCUCUUUGUAAGCAAUAUUGAAGAAAAUAUUAUUCAGUCAUUAAAAACUUCAAAAUUGUUGCAAAAAGAAAAAAGUUAAUGGGCCGUACAUCAAGGAGCUCAGUACUCAGAACCUGUGAAAUCUAAAGUGCCCAGCAUUAGAUUUUUAUGAAACAACUAAGAUAUUUGAGUUGGGCUGGAGCAAAUGUUAGAUGCCAGGAGCCACAAGGUGCUAGUAGUGCACAGCCUUGAUGCAUUCCUGGUAAAAUUUUGAUUUUUAAAAGAAAUUUGUUAGAAAAAUGGUGCAUUGGGCUCAAAUUUUCAGAGAUAACUAGUAAAUAUUGCUAUGUUCUUACAAGAUUCAGAGAUGGUAUUUUAAUAGCUUGAUAGGAAAAUGAUAAGCAUACUGUAAAAUUCCGAAAAUAAGCCCUGGGGCUUAUAUUUUUCAAAGGCCCUUUUUGAGGGGCUUAUUUUUGGACGGGGUUAUAUUCGGAGUGGCUUAUCUAGGGAGGAAAAUUUGCGUUUCAAAAUCAAUUGGGCUAGCUUGUAGUGGGAAGGAAAUUUACCGUUUUUGCUUUGUUUUACUUUGUAUUCAAGGGCAAAUUCCAAGUACAACCCCCCUCAGCAGGGGCUUAUAUUGGGAGGGGCGAUUUAACAGAGGGUUUUUUGCAUAAUUUACGAUUUGGGAGGGCUUAUAUUUGGAGGGGCUUAUACAUGGAGGGGCUUAUUUUCGGAAUUUUACGGUUGUCAAAAUGUUAUUGCUUGGUGUCUCAAGGUGAUACUUGAAAAAAAAAUUUGAUUGAUGUAGGCAUUCAUUGAAUCUUAUUUUUCGGGUUAUUUCAAAUGUUAUUAAACACUGAUAACUUAGUUAAACCCUUGGUGUGAGUAAGGCGUAAAAAGUGGUUUUGUUGUUAAUGAGUAUACCACAACUAUUCUUUUUUAGAUAAAGGCUUAUUCUGCAGCAGAGAAAUCUUGCUCUCAAGUAUUACAAAUUGAUCCUGAUAAUGUCAAAGCCUUGUUUAGGAAAGGAAAGGUGGGUAAAAAAAAAGCCUGAAUCAUUUGAAAAAACAAAUAAUUAUUCAGUGAAAGGGAAGCUGGCCACCCUAGUUUGUAUAGACUAAUUUCAGCGAGAGUGGUGAAACACAUCCAGUGUUUAUACAGUUUCUACAGGUAUAGGCCUGUAGCUCUGACAUACACGGUAUUCAGUCAGUAUUGGGCAAACAGUGUUAGACCAGCAGAAAUUAAGGGAGUAAAUGAACCCCUGUCUCCAACCACUUAAAAUUAUGUGGAAAAUCUAUGAUUAGAGUGAAAAGUUAUCAGUUGCUGAUCAUAUGUUUACUUCAAAAAUGAUAGAACUUCCAGAAACCUUUGGCAAAAUUAAAUAUACCAUAAUUUUUAGACCAGGGCCAAAGGUGGAAAUAUUUUCAUUUAUUUGGGAGUAACACCUUAUGUUGAUAAUUUUUACCUAGCCGUGUCUUUGUUGGAUAGAGGUGUUCACCUUAUCCAUCUUUUGCCAUUCCUGUUCAGGCCCCAGUUGUUGAAAAGGUGGAUGGUGCUUUUCACCAUAUAAAUCUCUAUCCACUUGAUAGUGCAAUUUCCCUUAUCCACUGGAUAGAGAUUUAUCCAAUGGUUAGCACUAUCCUCCUUUUCAACAACUGGGGCCAGUUGUUUAAGUACUGCUUAAAACACGAACAUUAGUGUAUUAUCAGGUUUCAAAACUCGAGGGAAAGAUAAUGCAUGACUGCAAAUAUCUUGAACGGCUUCAAGAUCUCUGAUAUAGAUUACCCCAUUCUUGCACUAAUAUUUAGAUUUGAGGUUAUUUUGGUCUAAAAAAGUGUACAUAAAGUUUAGCCGUGUCUUUAUCAGAUAGAAAGACACUCAUUAAACACUAAAUUCUUUUGUUUUUUCUUUAUAUAUUACUAAUGAGUUUUUUAAGGACAGUAAAAGUCAUGAAGAUGAUAUUUGAUUUCUUGUUUUUACUCCAAACAUACUCAGGUUCUAGCUGGAAAUGGUGAAACUGAACAAGCCCUUGUUUAUAUUAAAAAGGCAGAUCAGCUGGACCCCAACAAUAAAGUAAGUUUAAAAUGGCUGAUUUUAGUUUUAGAAAGGUGUCUUCAAUCAAACUUAUCAAUGUCAGUUAGCAUUUGUUAUGGAUGGUAUUUCUCAAUAAAGACUCACUCUGGUCCCACUCUGGUGACUGGCUGGAUUUGACCCAAAGACGUGAUCACACAAGAUGAAUUUCACUGAUAUUUUCUUACUCCUUUCAGACAAUCCGUGGAGAACUUAAUCGGCUCAAACAGUUACUGGCAUCGGAAAAAAGGAGUGAAAGAACUAUGUACCAGCGAAUGUUGGCUGAUAUGACUGGCGCGCAAGGAAACAAGAAAAAUAAACGAACGGUAAGUGCUGCAUUGAUAUUACUGCUUGCCAAGGCUCUGUAGGGGGGGGGGGGGGGGGAGGCAAAAAACGGGGUGAAACGUGACGGCAAAAGCGAGCCAAGUGGUGGACUGAGAAGGGCAGUACCACCCUUCCCCCUCCCCAGACCAUCUUUUUUUUUCGCCGUCGCCAAUUUUUCGCCUUUUUUCUGCACUGCUAAGCUCUCGCCUCUCACGAGUGCUCUCGACCCUCUGUGACUCCAAAGAAAAUUAAGAGACUGGGUUAGGGUUAGGGAAAUGUGAGCUGAGAUAUAUUUAUUUUCGAUUCGUGACGAUUACAUGCUGUCAGGGGAUGCAAUGAUUCUUCUUCUCACUUAACUUAUUUCAACCUAGGAAAAUACUUUGUGAGGUCGUUGGUGUUGUCUGUGACAAUAGUUUCCCAAAACUUGUCCCUGAACUGACGAUAUAACUGUAUUUAUUUGUUUAUUGAUUGAUUGAUUGAUUGAUUUCCAUGAUAGUAUUUUGGAUGGCCGCUGGUGUUUGGAGCCACAGUUGUUGCUCUUGGAGGGAUCCUCAUGGCUGUUUACCUUACCAGACCACAUUAAAAAGAGAAAAAGAAAUACGGCAAACUACAAACCCAAUAUAAUCUCAAUAUGCCAUUUGAAAGACAAAAACAACGCAAUUUAACCAAUCCGAGUUCUCCAAAUAAAGGCGUACAACCCGUGCAAAGUGGGUAGCCUGUGCAACUAUGGUGGCUUAAGCAAAGUCGAAGGCGACGUCAACAAGAUCGUCAAAAAAAGCGAUAAGUUUAAAUAUAAAAAGCCAAACAACAACUUUGCACGUGCAUCACGCUUUAUUGUACAUUUUUUUGCCGUCACUGCACGACUACGACGUGAAAGUGCCUAAUUUCAUGUUUUGUGGAGUAAGUGAACACAAGAUGGCGACUUUCUUUUUCUUUUCCUGUACUUCAAUACAUUCUUUAUGAUUUCAGCUCCAGAAAGGUUUGAUAACACUUGUACGAAUUGAACGAGGUGGAAUACUAAAUUAAGUGUGAAACAGCUUGAAUUCGUUUUUUUAAGUGACGUUUUCGUAGCUGUUGCCACCAUUGUUUCUUAAGCUCCCUGCUGUUGCGCAAAUGGUAGUUUCGGUUACAAGCGCGGCAAAUUUUUGAGUAAUUUACAGUUUUAGAUGUGCUUCUUGUUGGUUGCCAAGGAAACACGCCUUCUUUGCUUUGAUUGGUUAGCGCAGAAUGAGGCAAGUCUUUUGAACCAGUUUGAGAGCACGUGAAAAAGUCUGCAGUGAAUCGUCAGGCGCAUUUCCCGCCAAUGAUGAAAUCUUCCCCUCUUAGGAAAAAUAAGUGAGUCAGUUGUAAAUUUUGACUGUAAGGAUGAAAUCUUAUGGUGUGAGUAUUCAAAUGAAACCUCGUCCACAGUUCUUUUGCUUAGUGUCAUGUGUUAUUUAGUAUUUUGGAAAUGAAAUUUGGAAUUGUUCCUCAAGUUUUAUUUUGACCACUGUGCCACAACCACGUAAGGUAGCAU